AUGUAUGAUUUUAGAUUUUAUAACUGGCAACAAAGAUUUUCCAUCAGAUCCGCGGAAAUUUUUUCUCUUUUCCCAUCAGAUCUGCUCUCCAGGAACCCAAACUUUUGUGUCGAAAUUCAAGAACUCCGAUUUGUUGCCGAAAAAAUGGUGGUCAGUGGCCCUUUAACACCUGGCCAGGUGUCAUUUUUACUUGGAAUCAUCCCAAUUUGUGUAGCUUGGUUAUAUUCAGAGUUCCUGGAGUACAAGAAAACUGCAGCAUCCUUAAAAACUGGCAGGGAUUCUGAUAUAAACUUGGUUGAGUUGGAUAACAACACUGUAAAAGAAGAUGAUAGAGCUGUUUUACUGGAAGGAGGAGGUCUCCAAUUGGCUUCUCCUAGAAGCCAUAGUUCAUCUAUUACAUCUCCUGUUAUCAGGUUAUUUACAAUGGAUGAAUCCUUCUUGCUUGAGAAUCGUUUGACAUUGAGAGCUAUCUCAGAGUUUGGACUCAUAUUAUUCUACUUCUACUUAUGUGAUCGGACAAACUUCUUUGGUGAUUCCACAAAGAGUUACAAUAGGGAUCUUUUCUUGUUUCUAUACUUCCUUCUUAUCAUAGUAUCAGCAAUCACAUCAUUCAAGAUUCAUCAUGAUAAGUCACCAUUCUCUGGAAAAGCCAUACUUUAUCUCAACAGACAUCAAACCGAAGAAUGGAAAGGUUGGAUGCAGGUAUUGUUUCUAAUGUACCAUUACUUCGCAGCAACAGAAUUCUACAAUGCCAUACGAAUGUUCAUUGCUGCAUAUGUCUGGAUGACUGGAUUUGGCAACUUCUCUUAUUAUUACAUUCGCAAAGAUUUUAGCCUUGCAAGAUUUGCUCAGAUGAUGUGGAGACUCAACUUUCUAGUGAUGUUUUGUUGUGUUGUUCUGAACAACAGCUAUAUGCUAUACUACAUAUGUCCCAUGCAUACCCUUUUUACCCUUAUGGUUUAUGGUGCCCUUGGAAUUUUUAACAAAUAUAAUGACAAUAACACUGUCAUUGCUGCUAAAUUUGCUGCUUGCUUUUUGACUGUUAUUUUGAUAUGGGAAGUACCUGGAGUUUUUGAAUUUUUAUGGGCUCCUUUCACUUUUCUUGUUGGAUACACGGAUCCUGCAAAGCCAAACCUCCCUGUUAUGCAUGAAUGGCAUUUUCGAUCAGGCCUUGAUCGCUACAUUUGGAUUAUUGGAAUGAUUUAUGCGUAUUAUCACCCAACAGUUGAGAGGUGGAUGGAGAAAUUGGAAGAAGCAGAAGUUAAACGUAGAAUAUCAAUCAAGACUUUGGUUGUCAUAAUCUCCGUAACAAUUGGGUAUCUGUGGCUUGAGUAUAUAUACAAACUUCCUAAACUCACCUACAAUAAGUACCAUCCUUACACUUCAUGGAUCCCCAUUACUGUGUAUAUAAGUCUGCGAAAUGUCACCCAAUGUUUCCGUAGUUACACUCUGACCCUUUUCGCAUGGCUGGGAAAAAUCACUUUGGAGACCUACAUCUCUCAGAUUCACAUAUGGCUAAGAUCCGGGGUGCCAGAUGGUCAACCAAAGUUGUUGCUGUCUUUGAUUCCAGACUACCCGAUGUUGAAUUUUAUGCUUACAACUUCCAUCUAUGUUGCGGUUUCAUACAGGCUGUUUGAACUGACAAAUACUUUGAAGAUUGCAUUUGUGCCAAGUAAAGAUGAUAAACGACUCACGUACAAUGUCAUCACAGGAAUAGUUAUAUCAACCCUCGUCUACACUUUAUCUUUCAUACUCCUCAAGUUGCCUCAAGUCAUGGGGUGAAAGUUUUUGAGAUGUAUCAUGUAUAUGAUGCGAGUGCACUUAGCUAGUGUGAAGAUUUUGGUAUUUUUAAGAGAGAGAGAGAGAGAGAGAAGGGGGGCCUACUAUUGUAUAGGUAAAAUGGGAUGAGUUGAAUAUCCAAUUGGAGGUUGUAAUGGUAAGUGGGUAAGAAAUUUGAUCUGUUAGUAUCGCUUGUGUGUGGAGGUUCAAGUUUUAGUGCUAGAGGUACAAGUCGUUAUAGCAGUCAACGGUUUUUACCCUUUACAUAUAUAUGUAACUUUUUUACAAUAACAUUUAGUAAACUUUGAUACUUCAAUAUAUGAGAUCAUAUAUGACUUCUGUAUCGAGUGUUCGAUCAAGUUCAGGGGUCUUUUGUCUUUUUCACUUGCUCAAGGGACCAAAGUGUAUAUUCUACUUGAUUAC